GGCUGCGCGCCCCCAGAGGUCCGGGUUUGCGCUGAAGUUGGGGAGCCGUGAGGAUCCCCCCCGUGGGUGUCGCGCCCCGGCCUCGGCCGCACCUCGGGCUGGGAAGCCACGUGUGCCCGCCUCCGACCCUCGGCAGAGGCGUCGUAGGCCAGGAAGAGCUGAAGUUCUGCGGCACCGGCGUCCGUCUCGGGACGGUCCUUUCCGCUGCAACUUUCUCUGGAUAGAGGCCUCCUCUUUGGUGCUGAAGUCACGACCCCAUCGAUUUCUCCUUCCUCCCACCCCUCCCGCCCUCCUUCAGCCUGAGGGAACCCGAGGCGCAGAGGGCUGAGAAUGAGGCGAUAGUGGAGGAUGAAGACAUAGCCUUGGAGCCCCGAGGACAAUGAAACCGACGCCCCUGCUGCAGCUGGCGCUGCUUCUUGUCCUGCCCAGGAGCCUGAGGGGGAAAGGGUGUCCUUCUCCGCCCUGCAAAUGCCACCAGGAGGACGACUUCAGAGUCACCUGCAAGGAUAUCCACCGCAUCCCCAACUUACCGCCCAGUACGCAGACCCUGAAGUUUAUAGAGACUCAUCUGAAAACCAUUCCCAGUCAUGCAUUUUCAAAUCUGCCCAAUAUUUCCAGGAUCUACUUGUCAAUAGAUGCAACUCUGCAGCGGCUGGAAUCACAUUCCUUCUACAAUUUGAGUAAAAUGACUCACAUAGAGAUUCGGAAUACCAGAAGCUUAACUUACAUAGACCGCAGCGCCCUGAAAGAGCUCCCCCUUCUAAAGUUCCUUGGCAUUUUCAACACUGGACUUAGAGUAUUCCCAGACCUGACCAAAGUUUAUUCCACUGAUGUAUUCUUCAUACUUGAAAUUACAGACAACCCCUACAUGACUUCGAUCCCUGCAAAUGCUUUUCAGGGCCUGUGCAAUGAAACCUUGACACUGAAACUAUACAACAAUGGCUUUACUUCAGUCCAAGGACAUGCUUUCAAUGGGACAAAGCUGGAUGCUGUUUACCUGAACAAGAAUAAAUACCUGACAGCUAUUGACAAAGAUACAUUUGGAGGAGUUUACAGUGGACCAACCUUGCUGGAUGUCUCUCAUACCAGUGUUACUGCCCUGCCAUCCAAAGGCCUGGAACACCUGAAGGAAUUGAUAGCAAGAAACACUUGGACUCUAAAGCAACUUCCACUUUCCUUGAGUUUCCUUCAUCUCACACGGGCUGACCUUUCUUAUCCGAGCCACUGCUGUGCUUUUAAGAAUCAGAAGAAAAUCAGAGGAAUCCUUGAGUCUUUAAUGUGUAAUGAGAGCAGUAUUCGGAGCCUGCGUCAGAGAAAAUCUGUGAAAGCUGUAAAUGGUCCCUUCGAACAAGAAUAUGAAGAGGAUCUGGGUGACGGCAGCGCUGGGUACAAGGAAAACUCCAAGUUCCAGGAUACCCACAGCAACUCUCAUUAUUACGUCUUCUUAGAAGAACAAGAGGAUGAGAUCAUUGGUUUUGGCCAAGAGCUCAAAAACCCCCAGGAAGAGACCCUACAGGCCUUCGACAGCCAUUAUGACUACACCGUGUGUGGGGGCAGUGAAGACAUGGUGUGUACCCCCAGGUCGGAUGAGUUCAACCCCUGUGAAGACAUAAUGGGCUACAAAUUCCUGAGAAUCGUGGUGUGGUUUGUUAGUCUGCUGGCUCUCCUGGGCAAUGUUUUUGUCCUGGUCAUCCUCCUCACGAGCCACUACAAACUGACUGUCCCACGCUUUCUCAUGUGCAACUUGGCCUUCGCAGAUUUCUGCAUGGGGAUGUACCUGCUCCUCAUAGCCUCCGUAGACCUCUACACGCAGUCUGAGUACUACAACCAUGCCAUCGACUGGCAGACAGGCCCUGGGUGCAACACAGCUGGUUUCUUCACCGUCUUUGCCAGCGAAUUGUCAGUGUACACACUGACAGUCAUCACCCUGGAGCGCUGGUACGCCAUCACCUUCGCAAUGCGCCUGGACCGCAAGAUCCGCCUCAGGCACGCCUACGCCAUCAUGGUUGGGGGCUGGGUUUGCUGCUUCUUGCUCGCCCUGCUCCCUUUGGUGGGAAUAAGCAGCUAUGCUAAGGUCAGUAUCUGCCUGCCCAUGGACACCGAGACUCCUCUUGCCCUGGCAUAUAUUAUCCUUGUUCUGUUGCUCAACAUAGUUGCCUUUAUCAUCGUCUGCUCCUGUUACGUGAAGAUCUACAUCACAGUCCGGAAUCCCCAGUACAACCCGGGGGACAAAGACACCAAAAUUGCCAAAAGGAUGGCUGUGUUGAUCUUCACUGACUUCAUGUGCAUGGCCCCAAUCUCAUUCUAUGCUCUGUCAGCACUUAUGAACAAGCCUCUCAUCACCGUUACCAACUCCAAAAUCUUGCUGGUUCUCUUCUACCCACUUAACUCCUGUGCCAAUCCAUUCCUCUAUGCCAUUUUCACCAAAGCCUUCCAGAGGGAUGUGUUUAUCCUGCUCAGCAAGUUCGGUAUCUGUAAACGUCAGGCUCAGGCAUACCGGGGUCAGAGAAUUUCUGCAAAGAACAGCACCGGUUUUCAGGUCCAAAAGGUUACCCAAGACAUGAGGCAAAGUCUCCCCAACAUGCAGGACAACUAUGAACUGCUUGAAAACUCCCAUCUAACCCCAAAUAAGCAGGACCAAAUCUCAAAAGAGUAUAAGCAAACAGUUUUGUAAGUGGUAGGGGGACUUGGGCUGGUUUCUUGAGCAUGCAUUCCAACCACUGACACAACACACAGUUGACCCAACCUGCAGGUAGUGUUCAGCUCUGGAGAGGGACUAGCCUUAACCUAGUCAUUGCCUCCAAGAAGGAAGAGAGGCUACCGACAUGUCUGAAUUCCAGGUGAUAUCAAAGUAAUGUAUACUUUCUGGAAGAGUUGCUGGAUGCUAAGUGCAGUGAUGACAUUGUGUAAAAUGCUUAAUAAAUAUCACCUGAGCCAUGUUGACAUUGAGCUUUCUCACUUUCAUACUAGAGAUUCAGCAAAUGGCAAAUGCUAUUAACUUGGUUGGUGACCACAAGAUAAAACUGGCCCCAUGUUGGUUUAGUUCCACUUCGUGUUCCCUGAUACAACCCAAGAGAGUUUGAGUCCCUAGAAACUGAAAAGUCAAGCAGAACAUCAUGCACGGAACAGCUAUUUUGACACACGAAGGAGGGGGAAGGUGUAGAUUUGAGUUGUUUUUUCAGACUCUGAAACUUAAUCAUCUCUGCACAAGAAUCUACCUGAUGUGACCCAACUGUUGCCUGGAAAAACUGGCAAGAUUUCAGCUGUUGUGGCUGAGCAGACUAAGAAUUACUCUUCUUGGCCAGUCUUCUGGCAUUAAAGAUGUGAACUCUAGAAAGUACUUAUAAAUAGUGACAAGUGGGAAUUAUGAGCGGGGCACACUAGAUCUCCCACUGAUUAAUAAAGCAGGCUGGACACUAGUUUACUAUUGGAUCUUGGGCAAAUUACUGGGCUUCUAAAGUCUGUAGAAAUGAAGGAGAUUGAUGGCCUCUUCCAGUUUUAAAACUCCAUGUAUAUCCCUUUCCCUCAAAACAUAGGUUGCCAUGACAAAGAGAAAGAAAAACAAUAAGGAAGCAGAAUCUGUUUUUCCUAUCUUGUAGGAAAAACAAUGUGCCAUCUCCUUCUCUUUGGAGCCUAGACAUAUGACCCAGCAAAUUUUUUCUUUGUUUCAUUUUUGGUUAUGAUGUCUGAACCAGAAAUUCUAUUGAGUGACCAUACUGGGUUGGCUCUGAACCACUCAUCUAAUUAUUAGAUCUACACAGCUAUAAUUAUCAGGCCAAAACCAGAUUGAUAUUCACACAAUAGAAUUAGGGUUAGGGUGGUUUUGCAAAUGCUUGUUAUUUAGAGUUACUACUUCACUGUGCAGGUUCACUUCAAACAUUUAACUUGUCUUCAGGGAUUGGUUUCUUUACUUAGCCUUUUCUGACCCAUAAUACAGUACUAAAGAGAGGUUUCUUCUCUCUGAAACUGCCAGCUCUUUCCAACCUUGUUGACCACUGGACAUAAAAUCUUUAUUCCCUAACAGUGCUCCCUUACUUAAUAUGGUCAGGAUUUUUAUCUAUAGAUGUAUUCUCCAGGUUAUCUGUCAAGACAGUCCCUUAAUUUCAUCCCAAAGGGAGAUGGCAUUUGCUUCUCAGUGCUCAUGAACCACACUGUGCAUUAAAACCACAGCAUGAAUUAAAAGCUUGUGUUAAGUCUAUGGAGUGGGGCAAGUGGGCCCAGUGGGUCCCCAGAGAUGGUGACCCUGACUUACCUGGAAACUCUCAAUAGCCAUACCCAUUCCUGAUUAUCAGUGAGACAUGGAUUAGAUGUCUUAGUAGAAAUAUUACACACACCUAAAAUCAUGACUAAUCCACCAGUUCACUUGUAACUAAUGAAAUUAAACAAAUGUGUUACCUUUGACAUGUAUUUCUCAUCUGUAACAUUUUGAAAUACCACAUCCUGAUAAAUAAUGUGUUUUAUCUUGAGUAGUUGAAAUAAUGCUUUGGAAACAGUCCUAGAAAAGUAACUUCGACAGAAUUGUUGCUAAAAUUUGCAUUUGCAACAUGAAGUAAAUUUUCUUCCUAUGAAAUGACUAUGCUGAGUCCUAAAGUAUUGCUUUUUGUAAUUUGUGAGCUUCUGUAGAGUUAUUAUUAUAUGUGUUAAAACUAAAGACAGGAAAAAAAUUGGCACAUUGGCUAAUAA